AAUGGGGCCGAUGAAAAGAGCAGGCUCGCUAGAACGGCUGGCAGGGGCUGGCAGGGGCGGCGCUGAGCGGGCAAAGAGGCGGAGCUGCCGGCGCGCCCAAGCAGGCCUGAUCCCGCAACUCGUCUGGCCAUCAGUCGGUCUCCCGCCUUAGCUCCGCUGUGCUGCCCGCGAUGGCGCGCAGGGGUCGCCCUUACUGGUGGCCGAGAAGCCGCUCGGCGUGAGGCCGGGCCGGGCUGGGCUGGGGCCGGGGGAAUCGCCGCGCCGUCCCCUGAGCCGCCCGGCCCGGGCGCCGAGAGACAGCCGGCAUCAAGAGCGUACAGCAUCGGCCAGGAACGAGCAGGCGGCUUGGUGUUUGGACCUGAGCUGCCGAUGCUGUGCUCUCCUGAUGCUGAACAGCCUGUGUCCAGAAGAUGAGCAGAUUGUUGGUGGGAGUGACCCUCGAGAGGAUUUGCAAAGCUGUACUUCUCCUAUGUUUACUGCACUUCCUUAUCAUCAUGAUUCUCUAUUUUGAUGUCUACGCCCAGCGCUUGGACUUUUUCAGCCGCUUCAACGUACGAAACUCUUCCCGCUCUCUGCCCUAUGCCAACGUCUCUCGGCCUAAUGGUACUGCUGGGCCUCUGGGUGCUGAGCUCCUGGCUCCAAGUGUCAAGCCUGUUGGGGCCAACAACACCGUCACUGAGAAGCCCUUACCUCCCUGUCCAGAGAUGCCACCUGGUCUUGUGGGGCGACUCCUUAUUGAAUUUAGCUCUCCCAUGAGCAUGGAGAGAGUACAGCGGGAGAACCCAGAUGUUCAGGAGGGUGGCAAGUAUUCACCCCUGGACUGUGUGCCUCGACAGAAAGUGGCCAUCCUCAUACCUUUCCGCCACCGCGAGCAUCACCUCAAAUACUGGCUCCACUACCUGCAUCCAAUCCUACGACGUCAGAAGGUGUCCUAUGGAAUCUACAUUAUUAACCAGUUUGGUGAAGACACAUUUAACCGAGCCAAGCUGUUGAAUGUGGGCUUCCUGGAAGCCUUAAGAGAUAACGAGAGCUAUGACUGCUUCAUAUUCAGUGAUGUUGAUCUUGUGCCCAUGGAUGACCGGAAUCUUUAUCGCUGUUAUGACCAGCCUCGGCACUUUGCUGUUGCCAUGGAUAAGUUUGGUUUCCGGUUACCGUACUCUGGCUACUUUGGAGGAGUCUCUGGCCUAAGCAAGACACAGUUUCUGAAGAUUAAUGGCUUCCCUAAUGAGUAUUGGGGCUGGGGUGGAGAAGAUGAUGACAUAUUUAACAGGAUCUCACUCAACGGCAUGAAAGUAUCACGUCCUGACGCUCGCAUUGGGCGCUAUCGCAUGAUCAAACAUGAGCGCGAUCGGCACAAUGAACCAAAUCCCCAGCGGUUCACCAAAAUUCAGAAUACCAAGGUGACCAUGAAACGCGAUGGCAUUGGUUCACUGCAGUACCGCCUCGUGGAGAAGUUUCGCCGUCCCAUGUACACCAAUGUGACUGUGGAUAUUGGCCGACCGCCGCCACGCCCUUCUCGGGGUUGACUCUGCUGCUUGGCCCUGCCCGUGGUCCCAUGCAUGAGGAGCAACAUGGAUCUCAGCCCUGACCGGUUCAGAGGACUGUGUCCUGACUUGGAUAACCUGUCUGCCUCCUUCAUGGGAAAAGGGGAAAGGCUCAGGGCAUAUCUUUGUCUCGUCCUUGCCUUUGGCUGAAGACUAGCUCCUUAACACUAGUCAGUUCUCCACAGUGCCCUUCAGAUUGGAGAAUGAAUGUGUGUUACAUGCUUGGUCCGGUGUUUCAAUUUUGGGCAGAGCCAAGCUCCCAAUUGCUGAGGAAGGCCCUGAGAGCAGAGAAGCCCUGUGUAGGGCUUUGACCUUCCCUUUGUCUCUGGCAGAGUCCAUCCUCUCCCUCAACUUUUUGCAAGGCUGUGCCCCUGAAAGAUUCCAAGGGUAUGGUGGCUGCUCUUUGCUUCUUCUCACAGACUGAAGGACUACUGCCUUUUGAGCCUUUCUUCCAGGCACAGUCUGGUCUCACAGUGACUGCCAGCUACCAAGGUUAGAGAUGGUUUACAAUUGAGGAGAGCUCCAUCGCCAGUAAAAGCUCUAAUGGGUCUGGCCCACUGCCCACCUCCAUUCAUGGCUUGGUGCUGUCCCCUGGAUGCUUUUUUCUGACUCCAGUACACAGGGGUGUUUUAUACAAAUCCUCAUUAGAAUACUUGAGUGCUUCCUGGGUUAAUGUAUGUGUAGCCUGUCUGGCAUGGUACAACAGGACUUUCUUCUUAGCUGUGAUUUCUCUUCUUCCUUUCCGUGGAGCAGAUUGGAUGGGUAGUGAGGUUGUACCUUUUAGUAGGGUGGAUAGAUGGAUGUACGGUGUGACAUACCCUAAAGUGGGCUUGCUGCUCACUAUCAUAAGCACGCAGAACUUGUAGCCAUUUGUUAUAGAACGGAAUAACGUGAAGGUAGAUUUCAGCCUGUUUUCCCUUGAUCCACUACCAUCCCAACUUCCACUCCUCAAGCAAUUCUAGCAGCCCUACAGUUUCUGCCAGGCAUCCUGCCCUUAACCACUCUUUUUUAAAAAAAAAUCAAACUACCCUCAAUCACAGCCCUGAUGGUAUCUUGGUGGCAGUCCUACACCUAGUACUUGGAGCUAGGAAGCUGCUGGUGUUCCUUCAUUCUGGUUAUGGUGCCUGGCAAGUAGAAUCACCUGCACCUGUUCACUUUGGGGUGACAACUGGGCCAGGCUGGAAGCCAGGCACCAGCAUGUCAAAUAGCCCGGGUGCUGGUGACUUUUGUACAUUUGAAUGUUUUGAUCCCUUUUCAAGCCUAUGGUGAAUGCAACACUGGUCACUAUGGUCAGACUUUUGUAUUCAGUAAAGUUUCAAAACUUGGAAACUCCUUGUGUCUAGAA